AUGAAUAUCAAGCACAUCUUCCAGCCCAAGAAAUGGACUUUGACCUCCAAGCAGCCAGAUGCCGAGGAUCCUGCUGUGCAAAAGAAGGUAGGAGCCAGCAAGAACGACACCAUGAGAUGCUCUGCUACUACGUUCUCCAGCGAUGUUUCCAUGUCCACGCACAAAUCGAAAACGUCCAGGUCGUCGAGCAAGUCUGGCGGACGAAGCCGCAAGAGCAGCAAGAGUAGCAAGAGCGGCAACCGGCCUCACCAAAUCUCCAAAAUCCCCGAAUCGAUUGUGGAGUACCAAUCACCCAACGAAAAAGUGAUCAUUGCAUUCUUGAAAGCCUGGAACAACCAUUCCAACUUUGAAGAAACACUCAGCUUCUUUGAUUCCAAAGACACUCCUGUCAAGCUCGAGGAUGGUAAAAGUCUCACGGGAGAGAUCUUUGCGGCAGAAAGGCAAAAGGUAUACAAGAGUUUCCCCGACAUCACGUUUACCUAUGAAUCCCUCAAGGAGGAUGGUCACGGAGUGGUGGUUGUGGAUGAGCUACACGUGUGUGGUACUCACACGGGGGAGCCAUAUGGCUUUGCUCACUUCCCUCCUGCCCCAACCAGCAACCGUCGGGUUGUCAAUGAUCCUGAGAGGCUGUGGUUCAAGGUCAAGGAUGGCAAAGUGGUCUUGAUGCAAGUUAUUUCUCUGGGAGAUGUGACUGGGCCACCUGGGUUGUAUGUUCAAGUGGGCGGCAAGCUGGAAAUGCCACCUCCAGGAAAUUAG